GUUGCUAGGGCACAUAUCAACAUCAACAACUCCUGCAGACGAAGCGAAUUUAGCCUACCUAGCUAGCUAGGGCUGUCAAAUCAAACAGCCUGAGUUUACAUGUUAUUUCAGUUUAUUUACAUGCCAUUUUAAAGCAGAACGACAUGACUUCGGUUUUACAGCCCCAUAAGGGGGCUCCAAAUGGAACAUACACUUUUUCCAGUCGUCCCCGGCCAGUGCAAAAUCGGUCCAAGUACAGGGAACGUGCUGCUGAUCAAGAUGACGGACCAUCUUUUGGAAACAUUAUGUACGAUCGAAGGGUGGUCAGAGGAAAUACAUAUGCCCAGCAUGUUCUACCAACGACUGCCCAGCCAGACCCCGUGGAGAUCCAGAGGCAGCAGGAAGCGCGUAGGAGAGCUCUGGCUCGCAAACGGGCCAAAGAGCACUUCCGACCCAGAACCCCUGAGCCCCUGGAGGGAAGAAAGCACAUGGAUGUCCAGACAGAACUGUACCUAGAGGAGCUGAGUGACCAAGUCGAGGACUUCAGUGUGGAGUGCCAGACGGACGCCUUCCUGGAUAAGCCGGCCACGCCUCUUUUCAUCCCAGCCAAGACGGGCAAGGACGUGGCCACACAGAUCGCAGAGGGGGAGCUGUUCGACUUUGACGUGGAGGUGCGUCCGCUGCUGGAGGUGCUGGUGGGCAAGACCAUGGAGCAGUCGCUGCUGGAGGUGAGGGAGGAGGAGGAGUUAGCCAGUCUGCGGGCGCAGCAGCGCGCCUUCCUGGAGCUGCGCAACGCCGAACUGGUGGAGGUGCAGCGGCUGGAGGAGCAGGAGCGACGCCACCGGGAGGAGAAGGAACGGCGCCUGCGUCAGCAGAGAGAGGUGCUGGAACGCGAACGCGAGACGGCCGACAAGAUCGCAGCAAGGGCCUUCGCCCAGCAGUAUCUGGCCGACCUGCUGCCCUCCGUCUUCAGCUCCCUUCGAGACCACGGCUACUUCUACGACCCUGUGGAGAGAGAUCUGGAGACGAGCUUCUUCCCAUGGCUGAUGACCGGAGUCUCCGAAGCCUUGGAGAAACGCAACGCGGCUAGAACUGUUCUGGACAUGCUAAUCAGAGAUGUUGCAGAGCAGAGACUGAAACUCUAUCAGCCCCUGAUGGAGUAACCACCAGUGAGAUGAGCAGAAGGGGGCGAUGCUGCGCUGAUGGGAAAACAGUCUGAAGAUUUUUCAUGAAUGGCACUAUAUGAUUAUUAAACGUUUUGAAUUCAUGCCA